AUGUGGUACGCAUUUGGUGUUGCGCUAUUUGCCGCUAUCGGCACUUUUCUUUUCGGCUUUGAUACCGGUAUUGCGACGACGACGAUUGCUCACCAGAGCUGGAUUGAUUAUAUGAGCAAUCCCUCUGAUGGGCUCACCGGUGCUGUUGUUGCUGUCUACAUCGCCGGUGAAGCAGUCGGCGCCUUCACGCAGACCUUCAUCGGGGAUAGACUCGGUCGUCUCCGGUUCAUGGAGAUGAUGUGUGUUGUUGUCACGAUUGGAACGGUUAUCCAGACUGCUUCUGUUAACAUUGGGAUGUUUCUUGCGGGUCGAGUACUCGCUGGAUAUGCUGUUGGUGGACUAGUCGGCACAGUACCUAUCUACCUCAGCGAAAUAUCCGACCCCCGAUACCGCGGCUUAAUAGGAGGCAUCUCAGGCUGUGGCAUCUCAUUCGGAACAAUGGCCUCCAAUUGGGUAGGCUACGCGUGCAGCUAUGCACCCUACGGCCCCGUACAGUGGAGACUACCUCUAGGUAUCCAGAUUCCAUGGGGCAUAAUCAUGUUCAUCGGCUUGAUCAGCUUUAUGCCUAAUUCCCCGCGCCACUUGAUCCGGAGUGGUAAGAUUGAGGAUGCGCGGAGGGAGUUUCGUAGGAUUCGACGGGAUUUGCAUUCUCAUGAGGUACAGGAGGAGUUUACGCUUAUGAGGGUGCAGAUCGAGUAUGAGAUGGAAAGAGAGAUUACUUCUUAUAGGGAGAUUUUUAGGCUUUUUCGGCAUCGGGUUUUGGUGUCCGUUGCCGUUCAGACUAUGACGAGUCUUACUGGUGUGAAUGUGAUUCAGCAGUAUUACCAAACAAUUCUCUACAAAUCCCUAGGUAUAGACUCCCACACCAUCCUCGCCCUGGCUGCAGUAUACGGCACCGUAGCCCUCAUCGUGAACUGCCUCACGACCAAAUACCUAACUGAUCAAUGGGGUCGUCGAAAAAUGCUUCUCUCCGGCCUAGCAGGAAUCAUUCUCAUCGAGAUCUACGCAGCCGUUAUGCAACGAGAAUUCCAGAACACGGAUAACCGAAUUGGAAAGGGAUUUGCUAUUUUGGGGAUUUAUCUUUUUGUCGUGGCGUAUUAUGGCAUGCUAAACAGCACAACCUGGCUAUACGGCGCCGAAGUCCUACCAAUUGCACUCCGGAGUAAGAUCAUGGGAUUGGCGGCUGCGUCGCAUUUUAUUGUUAAUGUUGCAGUCACCGAAGCAGGGCCCAGUGCAUUCGCAAAUAUACACGAGAACUACUACUAUGUUUUUGUCGCGUGUACGCUUUUCUUCUUGGUUAUUGCUUAUUUCUAUUUCCCUGAAACGAAGCAGAAAACGUUGGAAGAAAUCGCAUCUGCAUUCGGGGAUAGGGUCAUCAUACCCGAUGGGGGAAGUAAAGACGGUAAUAGAGAUGAGAAUGGAGAUGGAAAGACUGAUUCGCAGCAUGUGGAGGCUGUUGCUGUCAGGCAGGGUGGUUGA